AUGACAACCCCAGCAACAUCCUCCGUCCUCGAAACCCCUUCCUCCCACCUCCUCCGCUUUCAAGAAGCCCUCGAAUCCGUUUAUGGCUCCAUCUCCACAAUCAAAAACCCAGAAACAUGGACCCCACCUCCCAACUCCGGCGGCCACAGAGGCCGCUACCUCUGGACAGACGCCUUCGGAGUCCUAAACCUGAUAACCCUCUCCCGGGCCCAGGAGCAGCUAAAGAUCAAAGAAUCACAGAUGCAAUCGCAGUCAGACGCGCAGCCUUCAUCACGCGCACAGCUCCCAUCAAACUACUUCGCUGAAUCGGACAAGUACCUCACCCUCGCGCGACGACUGGUGGAGACGGUCCAUGACGUCCUGGGUUGGACGAGGGAUGGGAGGUCCCGGCUUCCGGGGGCGACGGAUUCGAACCCCUUAGGCGGCGGGUUAAGGAUCGGGAAGAUGGAUGAACGUGGACCAGAUGGUGAUGGGCAGUACCAUCAUUACUUGACUAUUUGGAUGUUUGCGCUAAAUCGGCUCUCCCUGGCCACGAAAGAUCCGAAAUAUAAUCGACAGGCUGUGGAGUUGGCGAAGGCGAUUCAUCCGCGUUUCUUUGUAAAUCGGAAGUCGGAUCGGCCCAGGAUGGUCUGGAAGAUGAAGAUGGAUCUCUCUGCUCCCCUGGUUGCUAGUGAGGGUAAUCUGGAUCCGAUUGAUGGUUAUGUUAUUUUUCGGCUUUUGCAAGCCACCGCUGCGGCGCAGAGUAUCAGUGAUGGUGUCGGUGCUGCCGAUGGUCUUGGCCAGGACGGCGAAGGAGGUGUCCUUCAAGAGGAAAUAUCAGACUAUAAACGCGUGAUGCAAAGGAAAGGGGAACACUUCGUCUCGACCGAUCCAUUAGACCUGGGAAUGACGCUGUGGACGGUGCAUUGGUUCUCUGAAAGGGAGGAAUGGGCCGCCAGGAUUGCCGGGAGAUGUUUCGAGCAGAUUUAUAACCUCAUGGAGAUAAACCGCUUCCUAGAACGCCCCAUCAAAUACCGUCUGGCAUUCCGCGAGUUUGGCACCUGUCUAGGCAUCCUCUGCCAUUCCGAGCAGGAGUCGACAAAGCAACGUGCGAUUGACCUCAAGGUCUACGCGGAUGCCAUCAUCCGCGCCUGGGAUCCGUAUAUGGAUCUCUCUUUAUCCUCAGGCUUGACAGACGAUGACCUUAGACCAAUCAAUAGGGUUAUGUAUGCAUCUGCUUUGAUUCCGGGAGCAUUCCGACGCGGAUAUCUUGGUCCUGAGCCACAGGCGAUGGCAAAAUGA